AAUUCCUGUGUUUCCUUCCCUCUACUUGCAAGGUUUGAACUUUGGGAUGUUCUUGGCUGUGACUCAUUCAUGAACUUCGAAACUAAGGACUCGUAGAGUUGAUGACACUAGUCACUCGUUCCUUCUUUGCCAAACUCCUCCAAUACACCCACCAGAAAAAUCUCCCAAACGGCAAGUCACUCCACGCCCAAAUCAUCAAGACCGGCUCUUCCUCUUGCAUAUACAUCUCCAAUAGCCUCGUCAACUUCUACGCCAAGUCCCACCACUUAACCGAAGCCCACCUUGUAUUCGAAGAAAUCGAAGUUAAAGACAUAGUCUCAUGGAACGGCCUCAUCAAUGGCUACUCUCAGAUGGGGACUCCCAAAUCUUCAUCCUCAGUCAUGAAACUGUUCAAGCUUAUGAGGAAAGAGAAUACUUUCCCCGAUGCCCACACUUUCGCCGGAUUUUUUUCUGCGGCGUCGAUUUUGAUGGACCCGUUUUGUGGCCAGCAAGCUCAUUCACUUGCCAUCAAAACAGCUUGUUGUUCCGAUGUAUUUGUGAAUAGUUCUUUGUUAAACACGUAUUGUAAAUGUGGCCUUGUUUGUGAUGCGCGUAAAGUGUUUGAUAGAAUGCCCGAGAGAAAUUCGGUUUCUUGGGCUACGAUGAUUUCUGGGUAUGCUAUGCAUCGGUUUGCUGGUUAUGCUUUGGAGGUUUUUAGGAUGAUGACGUUGGAGGAAAAGGAAGAUGUGAAUGAGUUUGUGGUAACUAGUGUUCUUAGUGCUUUUACCUUGCCAGAAUUUAUUGAUAUUGGUAAGCAAAUUCAUUGUCUUGCUGUGAAAAAUGGGUUGUUAUCAGUUGUAUCAGUUGGAAAUGCUGUCGUUACCUUGUAUGCAAAGUGUGGAAGCUUAGAUAACGCGCUGCAAAUGUUUGAGAUUUCGAGUGAGAAGAACUCCAUUACGUGGUCUGCGAUGAUCACUGGGUAUGCACAAAGUGGCGAUGGUGAGAAGGCAUUGAAAAUGUUCUCGGAUAUGCAUUUUUCUGGGAUGAGGCCUAGUGAAUUCACUCUUGUUGGGGUGCUCAAUGCUUGUAGUGAUGUUGGUGCUACUGUAGAAGGAAAGCAGUUGCAUGGCUAUUUGAUAAAGUUGGGUUUUGAAUCUCAGAUAUAUAUUAUUACGGCGUUAGUUGAUAUGUAUGCUAAAUGUGGCAAUGUGGGUGAUGCUCGAAAGGGGUUUGAUUAUCUACAAGAACCUGAUAUUGUUUUGUGGACCUCCAUGAUUGGAGGGUAUGUUCAAAAUGGGGAGAAUGAAAUUGCUAUGAGUUUGUACUGUAGAAUGCAAAUGGAGGGUAUGGUGCCCAAUGAGCUGACUAUGGCCAGUGUCCUAAAAGCCUGUUCGAGCCUUGCUGCUUUGGAGCAAGGAAAGCAGAUCCAUGCCCAUACUAUUAAGUAUGGGUUUGGUCUUGAAGUUCCGAUUGGAAGUGCUCUCUCAAUUAUGUAUGCAAAGUGUGGGAACCUUGAAGACGGGAGCGUAGUCUUUCGGAAGAUGCCUACCAGGGAUGUCGUGUCAUGGAACUCUAUGAUUUCUGGUCUUUCUCAAAAUGGUUGUGGCUGUGAGGCGAUUGAACUUUUUGAGGAGAUGAGACUGGAAGGCACAAAGCCUGAUUAUGUUACUUUUGUGAACAUUCUCUCUGCAUGUAGCCACAUGGGCUUGGUAGAGAGAGGUUGGAUUUAUUUCAAAAUGAUGUCUGAAGAAUUUGGUAUAGUCCCAAGAUUAGAGCAUUAUGCAUGCAUGGUUGAUGUCCUGGGCCGUGCUGGGAAACUCAACGAAGUGAAAGAAUUUAUUGAAUCAGCUACCAUUGAUCACCAUCUGUGUUUGUGGCGUAUUUUGCUAAGUGCUUGCCGGAACUAUCGUAAUUAUGGUUUGGGAGCCUAUGCAGGCGAGAAACUAAUGGAGUUGGGUUCACAGGAAUCAUCUGCUUAUGUGUUGUUGUCAAGUAUCUAUACAGCGUUGGGCAGAGGGGAAGAUGUAGAGCGGGUAAGAAGGAUGAUGAACCUUCGAGGGGUAAGUAAGGAGCCUGGAUGUAGCUGGAUUGAGCUGAAGAGUGUGGUUCAUGUGUUUGUUGUUGGAGACCAGUUGCAUCCACAAAUUAAAGAAAUUCGUACUGAGUUGCGACAAUUAAGCAAGUUGAUGAAGGAUGAAGGUUACCAACCUGCUUCUGAUUUGAUUUCAGAAGGUUUUGAAGGAUGAGAUAACAAACAAUUUAUAGACGAGAAGAUACACCUGUUUAACAUAGUUAUUAGCCAAUAAUAUCAUUCAUUUUUUUCUUGAUAUUCAAUGCAACACAUAUGUGAUGACCCCUUUAGUUUUUUACCUCAAGCUUUACAAAUGACGUACAAACACACUCACACAAACACAUAAUAUGGACAAAAACUGAUCUAAUUUUUCAAGAAAUAGCAUUGGCAACUUUGAUCUCUAUCACUUUUUAUCAAUUUUUAGCACACAAUACAUGUCUCUGGAUGUCGGAUGAUUGUAUGAACAUUAUAUUACAGAUGGCAUGGGAAGCACCUUGUUCUGGUAGAAGUUCUCCUCUUACUCCAUUAGAAACUGUUCCUAAUUGUUGAUUUAUCAUUGGCUUCGUCAACAUGGACCGACUGCUGCGGCCUUCGGAAACC